CACUCCUCUGGGAAGAGACACAGUUCAACUGACCAAGGAUGAAGUUCGCAACACUCGUUGUUUUGGCCGCUGUCGUCUGUUUGGCCUCAGCCCGCAGGCCCAUGCUCUUGAAGCUGAAAGUGCUUGAAAAAGUUGACGAAUGUUUGGACCGACCAGAGCCUACCGGUGAGCCAGCAAACAUUGACGGAAAAGCGAGGCUGCUCGGAUGCUUGGCUGGCAAAAUUCCAGACGAGCUCAAAGCGAAAGUGGGAGAAUGUUUGGAAAACCUACCAAAGCCUACCGGUCUGCCAGAAGAGCGCGGCAUCAGGGAAAAGGGCAGAAUAAUCAAGAUAAUGCUUAUUAAGUGCUUGAAGGGAGGUGACGGUGCACAGGAACCGCAAGAACCAGAAGCAAUGGAUACACCAGCGAAGCGUGGAGAGGGAGAAGGACCAGGGCCAUUAGCCAGGCUCAUGAAGCUGAAAAAGCUUGUGGCAAGAGUUCGCGAUUGUUUGGACCGACCAGAGCCCACCGGUGAGCCAGCAAACAAUGACGGAAAAGCGAGACUGCUCCGAUGCUUGGCUGGCAGUAUUCCAGAUGAGCUCAAAGAGAGAGUAAGGGGAUGUUUGGAAAACCUACCAAAGCCUACCGGUGAGCCAGAGGACAGCACAGACGAGCGCGGUAUCAUGGAAAAGGGCAGAAAAAUCAAGAUGAUGGUUUUGAAGUGCUUGAAGGGAGAUGACGAUGCACAGGACCCGCAAGAACCAGAAGCGAUGGAUACACCAGCGAAGCGUGGAGGGGGAGAAGGACCAGGGCCAUUGGUUAGGCUCAUGAAGCUGAAAAAGCUUGUGGCAAAAGUUCGCGAUUGUUUGGACCGACCAGAGCCCACCGGUGAGCCAGCAAACAAUGACGGAAAAGCGAGGCUGCUCCGAUGCUUGGCUGGCAGUAUUCCAGACGAGCUCAAAGAGAGAGUGAGGGGAUGUUUGGAAAACCUACCAAGGCCUACCGGUGAGCCAGAGGACGGCACAGACAAGCGCGGUAUCAGGGAAAAGGGCAGAAAAAUCAAGAUGAUGGUUUUGAAGUGCUUGAAGGGAGAUGACGAUGCACAGGAACCGCAAGAACCAGAAGCAAUGGAUACACCAGCGAAGCGUGGAGAGGGAGAAGGACCAGGGCCAUUGGCUAGGCUCAUGAAGCUGAAAAAGCUUGUGGCAAAAGUUCGCGAAUGUUUUGACGGACCAGAGCCCACCGGUGAGCCAGCAAACAAUGACGGAAAAGCGAGGCUGCUCCGAUGCUUGGUUGCCAAAAUUCCAGAUGAGCUCAAAGAAAGAGUAAGGGGAUGUUUGGAAAACCUACCAAAGCCUACUGGUGUGCCAGAGGACGGCAUAGACGGGCGCAGUAUCAUGGGAAAGGUAAAAAAAUUGAAAAUGCUGGCGCUGAAAUGCUUGAAGGGGGAUGACGAGGCCCAGGACCCGCAAGCGUAAAGGGGGAAGAGGACCAAGGCCAACUGGCAGACCAAGGGGUGGUCAAUAGAUGGACACUUUUCCAACUUUGAUGGAUGGUUGCCCAGUUGGCAGCCUUAAUGUAGUCUAAGAAACAAAAUCCUAGUUACAAUAAUGCAAUCUGAGCACUGAUUUCGAUAUUUCAGUGCCUCUUUGACUAUACAUCUAUUUCUUCAAAUUGAUUCUUCUUUGAUUUGAAAUUGACAUUGUGUCAUUACUUUUGAUCUGGAAAUUUCCUCUUGAAAUACACUAUAGGCUAGCACUGCA